ACGUACAGCCCAUCAGUCUUGGUGGGAGUUGAAACUUUUAAGGCAUGGAGCCAAUUAGCCAGCCAAGCAGGCUUUCCCAAAGUCAAAAAUGCAACAUGACACGAAAGUGACGACCUAAUAUAAUAUAACACAAGUAUGAAGUACCCCUUAUAAAUCCACAAAGAUUUUUAUCAUAAAAACCCAACAAUAACAUAACCUCAUCUCUCUUGGUUUCCCAUGGAUUCCAUUAUUUCCGUUCUAGUACUCUACGUUCUCCCUCUCCUCUGUAUCUUCUUCUCCCUGAAGAAGAUGAUAGAUUUAAGGACGCGCCGAGCGUGUUACAUUCUUGAUUAUCAGUGCUACAAGCCGACCGACGAUCGAAUGCUGAGCACGAAGCUUAGUGGGGAGGUGGUUUUCAGGAACAAGAAUCUUGGGUUGAGCGAGUACAAGUUCCUGUUGAAGGCCAUCGUGAGUUCCGGGAUCGGCGAGGAAACGUACGGGCCGAGGAUGGUGUUCCAAGGCCGGGAAACGUGUCCGGCGUACGAGGAUGGGAUAUCGGAGAUGGAAGAGUUUUUCCACGACAGCAUUGGGAAGAUGUUGAAGAGACAAGGGAUUUGUGGGUCGGAGAUUGAUGUUUUGGUGGUGAAUGUCUCCAUGCUCGCUUCGGUGCCGUCGUUAUCCGCGCGGAUUAUCAAUCGGUACAAAAUGAGAGAGGAUAUCAAGGUUUAUAACCUCUCCGGCAUGGGGUGUAGCGCGAGCCUCAUAUCUAUUAACAUCGUCGAAAACAUCUUUAAAACUCGCGAAAACCUCUCCGCUCUAGUUGUAACCUCGGAGUGCCUGAGUCCUAACUGGUAUUCCGGGAAUGACCGGUCCAUGAUUCUCGCUAACUGUUUAUUCCGGUCCGGCGGUUGCGCUAUUCUCUUGACAAACAAACCGGCGUUACACCAUAAAGCCAUGUUCAAGCUGAAAACCCUAGUGCGGACCCACCACGGCGCGAAAGACGAAUCCUAUAAUUGCUGCAUACAAAAGGAGGACGAGCUAGGGAAACUCGGGUUCCACCUCGGCAAAACCCUCCCAAAAGCCGCCACCGUGGCAUUCUUAGAGAAUCUCAAAGAAAUCGCCCCCAAAAUCCUACCUGUCCGGGAGCUCGUCCGUUACGCACUCCUCCAAAAAAUCCCAACAAACUCCGGAAAAAGCGGAACAGCACGCCCGGCGGUUAUAAACUUCAAAACCGGGGUCCACCACUUCUGCAUCCACACGGGCGGGAAAGCGGUGAUCAACGGCAUCGGGCAGAGCCUCAACCUGAGCGAACACGAUCUCGAGCCGGCCAGAAUGACCCUCCACAGAUUCGGGAACACCUCUGCUGGGAGCCUUUGGUACGUGCUGGCCUACAUGGAAGCCAAGAAGAGGCUUAAGAAAGGCGAUAAUGUGUUCAUGAUUAGCUUCGGGGCCGGGUUCAAGUGCAACAGUUGUGUAUGGGAAGUGGUUCGAGAUUUGGAAGACGCAAAUGUCUGGAAAGAUUGCAUUGAUAGCUACCCACCACAAACCCUAAUCAACCCUUUCUUGGACAAAUAUGGAUGGGUUCAUAAUGCAGAUCCUGCCAGCUUUUCUCUCCCAGAUUACUAUCGCCUCCCCUGAUUUUAUUUUCUCUCUCUUCCAAAAUUUUAUUUCGAUUGUUUUUUCCCCCACUUUUCAAUUUUAUUAUAGUGUAUUGAUUGAUGAUAGUGGCCUCACUGGCCUGGUUAUAAGUGUGAGAUAUAUGGUGAUUAUAAAUGUAAAAUAAAAGUUGGAGUGGAUUUAAUUUAUUAUUC